AUGAAGAUUUCGUCCAUCCAUUAUUAUUACUAUUUUGCAACACUUGCUAUACCCUUGAUCGUGCCAUCCGAUGCACAACUAUCUUCGACGUUCUACGACAGUACAUGCCCCGAUGCGCUGAGUACAAUCCGGACCUCCAUCAGGCAGGCCGUGACCAACGAGCAGAGGAUGGCGGCCUCCCUUAUUCGCCUCCACUUCCACGAUUGCUUCGUUCAGGGGUGUGAUGCAUCAAUCCUAUUGAAUGAGACCACUGGAGAAAGAACUGCAUUACAGAAUGCCAAUUCUGUUAGAGGGUUCGAAGUGGUGGAAGCCGCGAAGCAGGCAGUGGAGGCGAUAUGCCCCGGUGUGGUGUCUUGCGCGGACAUUCUGGCAGUGGCUGCGCGUGAUGCAACGGUGGCUGUUGGAGGGCCGUCGUGGACAGUGAAGCUAGGGAGGAGGGAUUCCCUCGACGCCGCCAACAGAGCGCUUACUGAAAACGAUAUUCCUAUGGAGAGAGAACCUCUCGACGACCUCAUUUCCAUGUUUGAAAACAAAAACUUAACCAUAAGGGAUAUGGUUGCUUUGUCAGGAUCUCGUACGAUUGGGCAAGCCCGAUGCGUGACAUUCCGGGACCGGAUCUACAACAACGAGAUCAUAGACCCGGACUUUGCGAUCACGCGGCAGCGCAACUGCCCUGAAACCGGCGGCGACGACAAUCUGGCGCCGUUGGAUGAGAUGACUCCAAACGUCUUCGACAACAGUUACUUUAGGAAUCUGCAGAAUAGGAGAGGUCUGCUGGAAUCGGAUCAAGUUCUAUUCAGCGGAGGAUCGACCGACAGCAUUGUGCAGGAAUACAUCAACAGUCCUGACAGAUUCAAUUCAGAUUUCGCCGCCGCCAUGAUCAAAAUGGGAGAUAUCGAGCCUUUAACUGGUGUAGAUGGGGAAAUUAGAAAGACGUGUGCUUCUAAUAAUUGACACAUUUCAAAAUUCAAUGUUUCCGAAUAAUUUCUUGUUAUACAACGUAUGCUGACAUCAUUUCAUGUUACUCUUGUUUGUUAUGUAAAAGUGUAUUAUCAGUUUUCCAAGGAUAUGUUGUCUU